AUGGCGGAGACAUUCAACUACACAGGCAGGUCCAGAAACUGGACAGUCCUGGGAACUCCUGGCCCCUUGGACACGGACAGGUUGCUGCUGCCCCUGCUACGGGAGGGGUCCCUGCAGCAGAAUCCGUGGUACCAGCUGCAGGUGCAGGAAUCGGUGACAGUGCAGGAGGGUUUGUGUGUCCUUGUGCCCUGCACUGUCUCCUAUCCCUCGCUUGGCCGGACCGACUCUACACCCAUUUAUGGUGAAUGGUUCCGGAAAGGGGAUAGACCAUCCCAAAUGGAUCUUCCCAUGGCCACAAACAACCCAGGCAGGGGAGUAAAAAAGAAGAGAAAAAUCCCAUUCCACCUCCUCGGGGACCCUGGGGCGAACAACUGCUCCCUGGGCAUCGCAGACGCCCGGAAGGGGGACAGUGGAAACUAUUAUUUUCAGCUGAUGAGAGGUGAUGCGAAACAUAGUUACAAAAAUAACCUGCUCGUUGUGAACGUGACAGGGGUCCCCUCUGGGGUCUGGCUUCUCCCUCUCUCCUCUCCAGCGCUGACACGGACCCCCGAUAUCUACGUCAAGGAGCCCCUGGAGUCCGGCUCUAGCAGCCACAUGACGUGCUCCGUGCCAGGGGCCUGUGAGCGGGCCACGCCGCCCACUAUCUCGUGGACCGGGGCUGCCCUCCGCCCCCCGGGACUGGACUCGAAGGGGGCCUAUAACUCCUCGGAGAUCCUGCUCACCCCCCGCCCGCAGGACCACGGCACCAACCUCACCUGCCGGGUGACCUUCCGCAGGGCUGGCGUGAGCACGGAGAGGACCAUCAUGCUCAACGUGUCCUACGCCCCCCAGAACCUGACCAUCAGCAUCUCCCGAGGAAAUAGCACAGGUAGGAAGGGAGGGCCAGUGAAGACCUUCAGGAAGGCACCCGGUGAGAAGGAUGAGCCCUCCAUGCUGGGUCCCACCUCCCAGGGUUACCAGCAUGAGUGUCCUCCAGGCAGCCCCCUGGACCUCCUCCCACCAGUGGUGGCCGCCCCCACCUCUGGGGAGGAACAGGAGCUCCAUUACGCCUCCCUCAGUUUCUACGCGCUGAGGCCCUGGGAGCCUCAGGACCAGGAGGCCGCCAGCACCACCAAAUAUGCUGAGAUCAAGAUCCAUAAAUGA